AUGUCAUCCGUCGACUUUGAGGAAGGAGGCCAUAAGUUGUUGAAGAUCAAACUCGAACCUGGUUAGGAGAUGGAGUUAUGCAUAAUGCUUUUAGAGUGCUGCAGUCAGGAGAGAACUUACCUCCGUUACUAUGAAGAAGACACUACCUCUUCUUCUCGCAUAUUUAUCAAGAUUCUCUUCUAGGAAUUGUCGGAACACCUUGGAAUCUGCUUGUUGAAUGAACUGCUUAAUGACCCAACAAUGCAAGAGUCUUUUGAGUCAAUAUUUCCAAAGAAUAAUCCCAAAAACACUGGUUUUGCAAUCAAUUUCUUCACAUCCAUUGGUCUGGGCGGGAUUACAGAAAAUCUUCGGGAAUAUUUGAAGAAUAUGCCACGGCUAAUCAAGCAACAACACGGAGAAUCAGACACAUCUGAGAGCUCUGGCUCUGAUUCUUCGGAGUCUGAGUCGGGAUCUGAAUCAUCCAGCUCCGAGGAGACACAAAGGAAACGGAGGAGACAUUAG